ACGUCCGACGACCAGAAAACACUCAAAAAAAGAAGCGGGGGGAAAGCUACUUUUACGAUCCAAAACUACCAAAAAUUUCCAGAAAACAUGGGGAGUUCCAGGGACGAUUCUGCCACCGACGGUGACAAAUCCACCGGCAAUCGCCGUCGUCCUGACUCCAAUUCCAACCUCUACUCAGACGGAGAGAAAGUCCUCGCUUAUCACGGCCCUCGUAUCUACGAAGCCAAGGUUCAAAAAGCUGAGAUACGAAAGAAUGAGUGGAAAUAUUUCGUCCAUUACCUUGGUUGGAGUAAAAAUUGGGAUGAAUGGGUUGGCGUUGACCGUCUGAUGAAAUAUACUGAAGAGAACAUCGUGAAGCAGCAAGCCCUUGACAAAAAACAGGGUGUGGACAAGAAUUCAAAGUCUGGACGCUCAACUCAAACUAAGCCAAAAGUAUCGAGCGAUGUGAAGGUGGAAAAAGAGGAUGUGAAGAGUAGUGGGGCGAAAGGGAAGAAGAGAAAGAGUGAUUCGAGCACUGAGAAAGAGAAUGCAUCUAUUGAAAAGCCUGUGAAGAUUCAAAUUCCAUCAGCUUUAAAAAAGCAACUUGUGGAUGAUUGGGAAUAUGUGAAUCAUCAAGAUAAGCUUGUUAAACUUCCGCGUUCUCCAAAUGUUGAUGAUGUACUGGCGAAGUACCUUGAAUACAGAUCAAAGAAGGAUGGCAUGAUGACAGAUGCUGUCGGAGAGAUUUUGAAGGGAUUACGGUGUUAUUUUGACAGAGCCUUACCAGUUAUUCUUUUAUACAAUAAGGAGCGUAAACAGUAUCAUGAAUUAGUUACGGAUAAUAUUUCUCCUUCAACUAUAUAUGGUGCCGAACAUCUGCUACGUCUCUUUGUUAAAUUGCCUGAGUUAUUGCCGUACGUGAACAUAGAAGAGGAUCUGGCGACGCGUUUGCAGCAAAAGUUUCUCGAUUUUCUCAAGUUUUUGCAAAAGAAUCAAAGCUCUUUCUUCAUUUCUUCUUAUGAUGGCUCCAAAGUCUCCGAUAGUUCAGCAACAAGGGGCAAAAUGACUCAGGAGUAGAGUUAUUGCUCCACCAACUUGUGAUGUAACAUUAGUUGUUGUCAUUUUUAACCAGUAGCAGAUGGUAGUUUCUACCAAUAUGCAAUAUCAACAAUUUGUCUGUGCCAACUUUGUUGCAACACAACCUCAUUCUUUUUUUUUAUCCAUAUAGAACCUCUCUGCAGGCUCUUAAAAAUAGAGACAUUUAGUUGGCCCUUUGUACAAUCAAGACUCAAUCUUGGUUCAAAUAGCCAAAGUGUUGUAGAAUUAGUGUUCUCGUUAGCAAUAGGAUUCUCAAAUUUGUAGAACAAUUCUGAUUUUAUAACUUGAAAUUGCUAAAGCUUCUGGUUGGUUUUU